CGCCUGCUUGCGGUUGUUUCAAACAAACAUGGAGGAGAAAGAGAGGGACAGGCGAAAGAAGCCAGAGCCUAAAGAAAAAGAAUCUGCUUCCAGCUCUUUUGCCUCGUCGGUGCCAAGAGACGAUGACGCUUCUAAAAUAGACGUAUGUUCUGAAAAGUUCGACCCACUUUUGGCCCUAUACUCGCCCGCGGUGCCGCUCCCGUUUCCGAACAUAAAAUGUUUCAACAACGUCGCCGAGUACGAGGGCUUCCUGAAGGGGGGCCGCGGUAGAGCCAAGCCGGAGAAUGUGGAGAAAAAGCGGCUGAAGGCCAUGAAAGGAGUCGCCGACCCGGAGCGCAUCGAGAGACUCAAGAAGCUCAUGGUGACCAAGAAGUCAGCGGACGAGGAAGACGAGGGGGGAAGCAGCAGCCGAACGCCGCAGUCACGGAGACGCAAGCCUCAGAAAAAUGUGCUGACAAGGAUGACCCUUUGCAAAGGCAGUCCUUUGGGCGAACUGCACAGAUGUGUGGAGGAGAGGAUACGAGUCAAAGUUCACAUCAGGACGUUCAAAGGAUUGAGGGGUGUGUGCUCUGGCUUCGUUGUGGCUUUCGACAAGUUCUGGAAUUUGGCCAUGGUGGACGUUGAUGAGACCUACAGAGAGCCUCUUAUCGGGAAGGCCUUCUACCACGAGAAGGCCCUCACUAUUUCACGGCUCUUUGAGAAGCUGAAGCUGCAGGAGAGCUCAGCAAGUGAAGGAGCAACAACGAAACACUGUGUCCUUCGAGGAAGUGGCCAGUGUCUGCCUUCAAACCUGAAGGUGACUUCAGAACACUCAUCUGCUCGCCCUGCCAGGCAGAGAAGUGAUGACAAGCCAACGGAGCCACCGAAGGGGACGAAGACAGGUCAAGAGAAAGAGUGCAGGGUGUAUGGCAAGGUCCAUACUCGCCACAUCAACCAGCUAUUCAUCAGGGGAGAAAACGUUCUCCUUAUCAACCCUCAACCGCUCUGACAGCUCCAGACUGCAUUUCUUUUUGUACCACGUCAUCUAAAGCUAUGUGUUACCAUCUGCAUUGAUAGGCAUUAAAUGCUGCUGAGGAGCUGGCAGAAAUCUCUGCCCAGAGUUGCUUAUACUGUAUAUCAUGUUGAUAUGUAAGAAUUGCUUUGUGUUCCACAGAAAUCACCUUGUGGUUGAGGAAUUAAAGCUUGUUGCUUGUUCA